AACCAACAGCAACAGCAACAGCAACAGCAACAACAGUAAACCAAAGCCAGAUUACUAUUUCAACCUGAGAAAUCUCCGAGAGAUAUCAGCUCGAUCAGUUACACAUAGGUACGUCGCUUCCUUCCCUUGCAACGUACUGACACAUUCCCAGAAGCAUAUUCCCAGAAAUAUAUUCCCAGAAAUAUAUUCCCAGAAAUAUAUUCCCAGAAAUAUAUUCCCAGACACAAAGAAGAGUACCCAACUCAAGAUGGCUCCUAUCGCACCAAGAUCCAUGAACUGCGACCAGUUCCGCGUGGGUUUCAUAACCCUACUGACUCUGAACUGCGUCAUCUUGACAGUCUUCGUCAUCUUGAGCCUCUACGGGAUGAGGAACUCAUACAGAGCUCGCGAGAGCCACAGCCGAAGCGGCUCUGAAGCCGGAAGCCGCAGUGGAAGCGAGAGCGGCAACACCAACCAAGGCCACCGGCGCAAUGAGGUCGUUGACGACAACGACGACGACACGGUCAUCUCGUUCGAGUUGCAAACCGGUCCGCGGACGGCGGAGGCGGCGAACUUCCCUUCCGACGCACGCAGCGCGGCCGCGGCUCGGUCUACUAAUGGUGGCGUUGCUUCUGCGCCGCUUGGACGGUUUGUGACGGCACCCCAGGCCCGGCUGCAUCAUCCGACGCCGAUUCCGCCUGCUCAAACUUUCCAGCCUCCCUUUGUCGGGAGGGAUCCCCGGUAUAACGGAUAUUAGGUCGAUGCAUUGCGCUUAAGAUUCAGGGGCACUUGCCCCGCGGUUUGGAUUAGGUGAGCUUUCUUUGCCCUUUUGCCUGGUUGCUGACAUGCUAGUUAGCAGAUGGGACUCCUGGUGAGUUCAUCAAACGGAAAUAGCAGUGGAAAUGGAAAUGGAAAUUCAAGGUAUAUUAAUAUGGAGCUUCUGUUUUGUGUGACACAUGCGACAUGAGGAAUCGAUGUUAUGACUGCCUUACUCCAGCGGACUUCAAGAUCAUCCAUAGCU